UCAUAUCCCAUUUGAAAGGUAGACACUGACCUUACGAGGUGUAAACUUGGUAUUGUCCUGAUUCAGAGGACAGAACUGGUAUUUGUUACCUCAGCUUUCCGGCACCAGUGACAAGUAACUUAAAGGUAUUUGGAUCAUUUAAGGAGAGGCGGGAGUGCUAUUUAAAGUUCAAUUGUUUAUUCGAAGUACUUUCAUUUUGUUUGUCCCAGACGUCGCUCUGUCUGGCCAUUUUGUCAGUAUGACAGGGGCUUCCCCUCAGUAUAUAUUUUGGAAACCCCCAAACCCUGGGUUGAAAACAGUCCAACCCGAAAAAAAUUCCCUUGAAGAAGAACUUCAGCCAUUUUCUCAUUCAACGAAAAGCCGUCGACGCCCAAUCCACCCUGCAGGUUGAAUUAAACAAUUCGUUACUGCUUUCAGGUUAUGUGAGCAGAUGCACGUGUAUGAAGCAGAAUGUCUACAGUAAGACAAAAAACCACUACUUAUCAGGGGGCACUAGUAAGUUUAGAGAGGGGAAGAGCUUAUAAAGCAAAAGAUGGCAUUGAAGAAAUGAAAGUAUUAACUGAGAGCACACUCUCUGGAUAUAUUGUGUCCCAAACUUUGGAACAUUUUGGCCCAAAAGCUACUUUGGUGCAUGUAGAUGGCAAAGAAAAUAUAAAAAACAAAGUGAACCCAGCAGACAAAACACAAACAACAGGAGGUUCAACAGAAAAUUCAGAUGAAAAGGAGAAACUAUUAGGCGAUAAAGAGUUUUCAAAGGAGAAACAGGAUAUAAAUUCUGCUACUGAAGAUACCACAGGGACAACCAUGAUGACCAUGGUUAAACCACCGAAUGUAAACAUUCACAGUAACCCUGUCCCUGUAGAUGAUGCACUGUUGACCCCACAGUGUGAUGAAAAUAAUUCUCAAGAAAUUCAUUAUGGUCUGGAGACACCUGUUACCCCUGAAAGACCCCAAGGUCUUCAGCAAGUUGGUGACCGAGUCAUGACAUUGGUGACAGCAAAGACUGAUUCAUGGAAUUCUGUCGCCCCAUCUGAGGCAGAUGGCAGCACCAACAACAAUGAUGUCCAUGGUGCCUACAGGGAAGGGGUCCAGGGCAGCGACAAAGUUUGGGUUGGGGAUGCAGUGGUGAUGGAAUCAGGCUCCUCAGAAGAUGAAAGAGAUGAAAAGGAGAAAGGGAAACAACAAGAAGAAAAAGAAGAUAGAUUGGAGAAGCAAGGAAGACUUACAGUGGAACAGAAUACCUGCCCUAACAUGGUUUCAAACCGCCUCCCUUGUGAGAAGAGUGGGUACCAAGAGAAGAGCAAGAGAGAGAAGUCUGAGAUGACCGUAUAUGUACAAUUGCCACUAGGACAACCAGAUAUUUACAUUAAACAAACAAGAAGGAAGACAAAAAAUAAUAAGUCUUAUCGUCAGUGGCCUAUCAGCAAUAACAGAUGCAAAAAACACAAGGCAAGUGUCCAUAAAAAGGCAGCCCAAAGAAAGAAAAGAAAAUACCAACAGGUUGCAGUGAAGGCACUUGGACCAAGCAUCAUCAAUAAAAGUAGUUUGAAUAAAGCCAAAAUUAAUGGGAAACUGACAGGAAGCAAAGAAGCAAGCCAGGAGUGUUGUAAAGUGCCAGGCGACCAUAGCGAAUAUCUAAACAGAAAAUGUCUUCGGGUUGAAAGAGGUUCUCGUGGGAUAGAUAUUGUGAAGUGGUGCAGGCAAACUCAAAGUAAAAGGCAGUACAGGAGAAGAAAAAGGCAAGUCAACCAGCAGAUAACCUGGUGUAUAACAACACUCGCGUCGUACGUCCUUCGCCAGUUCAAGCCGAUACUGCUGUUGUGUAUCUAUCCUGGGAUCAUUGGGUCUGGGGUGAACAGCAGAUCAGAAGAAAUUUCCACCAACUCCCCCCAAGAUGAAAGUGGAAAUGAAGCAGAUGCAGGUGCCCUUGACAAGAAAAGUGUGAGUCGAGAAGAUCCAGAGGAAGAACUGGCAGAGGACACAUCAGCCUCCUCGUCAUGUAAUGCCAGCCCCUCAGGAACCCAAUACCCCUCGACAGUGGCAGUGGCAGGAUCUCCGUGUUCGACUCUGGAAGUUAGUGAUGACAAUGCUACCAGAUUCACAGAUUUUAUAAAUGACACAGCCACUCCACACGCAACACAAAAGCCUUGCUCGCCGCCAUCUUUUAUCCACCCUCAGGGUGAACCAAAACAAGAGACUAAAAGGUCCCCCGUGGCUGGUGCGGCUAGUCAAGGUGCAGGUGGCCUGCAGCGUGGUGGAAUUUCUCAUCAUCGUCAUCAUCAUGGUCAUGGAAAUAUUAUUCGAGGGACUCCAGAGAUGCUGCUUGAUAUGCUGAAAAGUGAAGAUUUCAAGAGUAAAAAUGGAAAAAUUGGAGUUCUUACAAACAAGAAUCUUGUUUGUAAGAAUGGUAAAUACCAGGAAUCACCAAAAGAUGGCAGCAGUGGAGGUCAUUUCUAUGCCAGGCAACUCUCAUCGGGUGGAUUUGGACGUGUCUCCUAUUGCCAGGACUCUUCGACACAACGGGACUUCGUCAUCAAAAAGAUCCACCAAGAGAGGUUUUCUAUAAAUGAGGUGCUUCUCCCACUAGAGGCACCUCACAAGCAUGUACUGAAGCUCUUAGGGGUCAUCAAAAGGGAGACUAUGGUGGAAUUACUGCUUGAAUGCGCCUCGGGUGGGACUUGGGUUCACCUGAUCUACCCCAGUGGAGUGGUCAGCCCACCACCUGUGAGUCUCCAGGAAGAGGUGAUAUUUUACUAUCUAAAGCAGGUGCUGGAGGGACUGCACCAUUUGCAUUCUCAUGGAUGGUGGCACAGGGAUAUCAAACCAUCAAAUAUAGGGAUAACUACUGACGGUAUUGUCAAGAUUCUUGACUAUGGUGGUGCAAUGAGAAGAGGAUUAAACCCUGGGCAAGGCAUGACAGUGAACUAUCUUCCCCCAGAGGUGUGCGCUGAUAAGCAAAAUUGCUCAGAAAAGAUGGACAUCUGGGCUCUGGCCUGCAGCGUGAUAUUUCUGACGACAGGAGUUGAAGUCUACACAUAUCUGCCAGAGAGGAUUAGAGCAGUGACAAAUGGACCACUGCCCACAAAUCAAAAGGACUUGGUGAAGCAUAUUGUUGAGUAUGGCAUCCAUGUUAUAGAGUACAUGCCUAAGGAUGAUCGGUACACAUGGUUAAAGAAUCUGGUCAAAUUGAUGCUAAACCCAGUGCCACAUGACCGAUGCAGUGCCUUCGCUUGUUUAGAUUACAUUCGUAGGAAGGAAAAGUUGACACCUCCAACAGUUACAGUCACUGUACCCAGUGUGUUGCCAGAUAUUCAACAACUGCUUCAAGACCAAACAGAGAAGCCUGAUGCCCAGUGCAAGGAUACCACAUCUGGUUACCAGACUCAGCCACCCAGGAGGGAAGGUGACUUAAGAGAAAUAGAGACGAGGGAAAGAAACGGAGAAGAGCAAAAUAGAGAAGAAGAGGAAUUAGGGUCACAAGAGGAGUUUUACCCUGGACACAUUCCUAUUGACAUGUGA